AUGAUCGUUACCUAUCGCGCUGCCCGCCGGAAUGUUCUUCCAGGAUCUCCCUUACCGCCUUAUGGACGAAAGCAUGGCAGACAGCGGAUCAAAGCGAAAGGACAUAGCUCUGCAGGAACGGCUAUCAGAUGUCACUGCACUCUUGCAGGACGUCGGGCUAAUGCUGCGCCAAAGUAGAGAUACGAUGGACGGCAGGUGGGAGGACGAAGUCUUCUGGAGAACCGAGCGAGAUCGUCAAUUUAAUGAGCUGCGUGCAAGCCUCGCGGGGAUCGUUAAGCGCGACGAGACUCAUGCUCGCAUACCAUCCACAUCUGGCACAACGACGGAAAUCAUACAAGACAUCGAUCGCGCUAAGGAGGAAUUGGCAAGCGCAGUGGCUUCCCGGGCAGAAGAAAUGAGCGAACUGAAGGCAAAGAUGCAGGAAGAGUUAACGGAAUUGCUGCACAACAGGGGCCGGCCAAAAUAGCGCCAAGGUCUUCCCGGAAUCAGCCUAGAAAUGUGACCAUUCACGAGUUGCGCAUUACUACUGCUGCCAUCUCGGUAACCUAGCGUUGAAUCAGUCAAAUGCGAUAUUAUGCCUGCGUGCAGCAGACGAUCUAGUGAGCGGUCGCCGUAAUGUACGUUCCAACUGAGCAGGUGGAAUGUAUGGG